ACUAAUUUUAAUAGUAUUAUAUAGUUCGUGUUGAUUCGUGUUCAAUGUCCAUAAAGUGCACGUGAGAGGUUCACUUUAUCGAGCUACUGAAGGAUAAUAAUUUAAACUUUGAAAAGAGAGAACAAACGUGUACUUUAAAGAAUUUUCAUACUUGUCGGGCUUAUUUAAAAAUGGCGUGGGUUUUUGGUUAUCGUGACACGAAAAAGCCACAGGAUUUUUCUCAAUUUAUUGAACCACCGGCAUCGGGCAAAGACGGUGGUGGAGAUGGUUCUUCUUCAAAAAAUUUUAUGAAAUCUCAAAUGGAAGCUUAUAGAUUUGAUUCGAGCGCAUUAGAAAGGGCGGCUGCAGCUGCCAAAGAACUUGAAAAAUCUUCUCAUGCUGUACAAGCUUUGGAACUUUCCAAAAUGCAAGAGGUGACUAAACAAGCAGAAAUGCAAACAGAACUAAAAAAGUAUGAAGCUAGUAUUGAGCAAAUGAAAGCUGACCAAAAACGUGUAGAAGGAGAAGAGAAACGUAAAACGUUGCAAGAAGAAACAAAACAGCACCAAGCAAGGGCUCAAUAUCAAGAUCAGUUGGCUAGAAAACGUUACGACGAUCAAUUGGCACAGCAACAAAGAAUGAAUGAUGAAAAUUUAAGAAGGCAAGAAGAAUCGGUAGCCAAGCAAGAAGCUAUGAGAAAAGCCACUAUUGAGCAUGAAAUGGAAUUGAGACAUAAAAAUGAAAUGAGAAAAUUAGAAGCGGAACUUAAAGCUAAAGCAAAGAUUGAUAGAGAAAACCAAGAUCUUAACUUAGAACAAAUUAGACUGAAGGCAUCUGAAAAUAGAAUUACUGUUUUAGAAUCUAUAAGAACUGCAGGUUCGGUACUUGGUACUGGAGUCACUGCUCUUUUACAAGAUUGGGACAAAAUUCUUGCUGCUGCAGGGGGUUUAUCACUUUUGGCCUUUGGCGUAUAUUCUGCUAAGGGGUCAACCAGUAUAGCUGCACGCUAUAUUGAAUCUCGUUUAGGAAAACCAUCUUUAGUUCGAGAAACUUCUAGAUUUACAGUAUUGGAUACUGUAAGACAUCCUAUACAAGCCAUUAAAAAGCUCAAAGAUAAGCAGACUGAUGCUUUAUCAGGUGUAGUUUUAGCACCGAAACUUGAAGAAAGAUUACGUGAUGUUGCAAUAGCUACCAAAAAUACAAAACAAAAUCGUGGAAUGUAUAGAAAUAUAUUAAUGCAUGGUCCACCUGGUACUGGUAAGACUAUGUUUGCUAAAAAAUUAGCAGUACAUUCUGGCAUGGAUUAUGCAAUUGUGACAGGCGGUGAUCUGGCACCUUUGGGUAGAGACGGCGUUACUGCAAUACAUAAAGUUUUCGAUUGGGCAACAACAUCUAGAAAAGGUCUAUUAUUAUUUAUCGACGAAGCAGAUGCUUUCUUAAGGAAAAGAUCGAGCGAACAUAUAUCAGAAGAUUUAAGAGCAAUGUUAAAUGCAUUUUUAUAUAGAACGGGCGAGCAAAGUAAUAAAUUUAUGUUAGUUUUGGCAUCAAAUACUCCAGAACAAUUUGAUUGGGCAGUGAAUGAUAGAUUGGAUGAAAUGGUGGAGUUCCAUCUUCCGGGUAUCGAAGAACGGGAGCGCUUAGUUCGUCUUUAUUUUGAUAAGUUUGUUCUUCAACCAGCCAUUGAAGGCAAUAAAAGAUUAAAAGUAGCACAAUUUGAUUAUGGUGCUCUGUGUAGUAAAAUGGCUAAAAUGACAGAAGGAAUGUCUGGGAGAGAAUUAGCAAAACUUGGUGUUGCAUGGCAAGCAGUAGCAUAUGCGUCUGGAGAUGGGGUUUUAACAGAGCAAAUGGUGGUAGAUAGGUGUAUGGAAGCUAUUAAACAACACAAACAAAAGGUGCAAUGGCAGAGUGAGCAAGAAAAACAAGAAUCCAAAUCUAUUUAUGCGACUGAAGAGAGCAGUGCAAAGUUAAUGGAAUCUAAAGCUCCAGCAAUAGAAGUUCAUACAGAAAGAAAAGAAGAAGAAAGGACAAUUGCUACAGCUUGAUUAAGAAGAACAUGUAUAAAGUGAAGAACAUUAAAGGAUUGGUGUAUAAAUAUUAGUUCCAAUUGUUGCAGUGAUAAGUACAAACAUUAUUAAUGCAGAUAAUAUUCAUUUCAGUUGUAUAUUUUCCAUUUUUUAAACAAGUUACAAGUAUGAUGAAGUUGUAUAUCAUAUAAUUAUUUCAACUGAUAAACGUCAUUUUAAAAAUAUUAAUUGUAUUAUCUUAUGCAUUAUUCCAGCGAUAUAAUAUAUAUAUAGAAAAAGAGUAUUUAUAAUACAUUGAAAAAUAUUCUUGGAUAAUUCAUAACGAUUGUUAACUAAUUCGUGCUAAUUCUGACAAGUCGAUCUAUUGAUACUUUUACUUAUUUACAAAUGUACCAAUUUUCAAAUUAUGCGCGUUAUGAAAUCUCAAAAUUUCGAAUGAGGAGACGAAUGAUAGAUUCAAAUUUGGAAAAAUAUAAAAUAUUUAGUAAAUAAAAGUAUGCUUACAUCACUAAUGUA